UUUCAUUUUGUGGUUAUUGUUUUAGGAAUAUUCGUAGAAAUAAUUACUUUAUUAUUCGAAUGGAAAAAAUUUUCCAUAUAAAACUUGUUGAAAUUUGAAACUUUUUUGUUUCGCAGUUGAAAAUAUGGCUUCGAAUAUGGAAUAUUUUUUAGAAUCGUUUGCGACAACGUCUUCAUCGUCAUCAUCGUCAUCAUCGCCAUCAUCAUCAUCAUCAUCAACAGCAGCUAAACGGCGAGAAAAUUCGAACCAAGAUAUGUUUCAUUUCGACAACAAUUUUCAGCAUUAGCUAUCCGUAAUGUGACCAUCAAACGACGACAAUUUAUUAAAACAUUAAUGCAACUACUUUUUCCAUUAUUCAUUCUAAGUAAUAUGUUUUUUCAACCACCAAGAUUUCAAAUAGUCACACAAAUUGAUGAUCCAAUCAUUGAUUCUAAACUUUAUUUUCCUCCACUAUUGUCCAUUUAUCGUACAUGGUAUAUAAUCAAUAAUAAUGUAUUCGACAGGCAAGGAUUGGAAAAAAUGAUCAAUACUAUUGAUAGAAUUGCGCCAAUAAUAUUUCAACAGGCAAUCACCUAUAACACUACAUUUCAUUCUUAUGAACAAUUUGAAAAAUUUCAUGAACAACAAUCAUUACAGGAAAAUUUUCUACUCAUUUCAUUUGAUUCAUAUAAAAAUCGAACUAUUGAAUAUACGAUAAGAAUGGAAAAACGUUUUUUACCAAUUCAACCAAUCGGUGGUAUAGGUGAUUGUGAAGAUAAAGGCCUGACAGGAAAACCUGAUUGUGAAGGAUAUAAAUUCUAUAGUUAUGGAUUCUGUACAAUUCAAGCAAUAAUUGAUACAUCAAUCACUAAAUUCAUGGAUCGAUCAUAUCGAAGUAAUAUUGUACCAAAUGUUGAAAUUGGUGUUUUUCCACAACCAUUAUCAUUUAGUAUGAGCAAAUAUCAUAUGAAAAUGGUAAUCAGCUUUAUUACAUUAUCAUUCAUGCCAUUUUUUUCUAUUGUUCCGGUAACAUUGGUACUUGAAAAAGAGAAACGUAUUAAAGAAGCAAUGCAUUUAAUGGGAAUGAAAACAUUACCAUAUUGGUUAUCAUGGACAUUUGUUGAAGUUAUGUUAAGUGUUUUACCAUGUUUACUUACCACAGCUGUAUUUGUUAUGCUUGGUUUAACAAUAUUCAUGAAUCCAUUAUAUUUUUAUAUAAUGUUACAACUAUAUUCAUUAUCAUUAAUACUUAUUGGAUUUAUCGUUAGUGUACCAUUUCGGACAACAAAAGUGGCAUCAAUUGUUAGCUCAUUAACUGGUUUCUCUAUUCCAUGGCUUUUUUAUGGUUUAGAAUUAAUGGCAGUUCCAUUCGAAAUUGAACGAUUGCUAUCAAUAUUCUCUCCAUUGGCAUUUGCUUAUACGAUUAAAUAUUCAAUGUUAACUAUUGAAAAUAUUCCAUGGUAUUCAUUCUCACAAUAUUCACUUGGUUUCGGUAUCAUUAUGAUCAUAAUCGAUAUUGGCCUUUAUUUAGUGAUACUAAUAUUAGCAGAUGUUUUUCUUACAAACAAAGAAACAUUUCUACUUAAUUUUAUUCGAUUAUUCAAAACACCGGUUCGAAGUGAAAAAUUGAAAGAACAACAAAAAAAACAAGCACCAACAGUAGUGGAUAUUGAAUCGAUUGGUGAUGAUUUACAAGAUAGUAAUCUAAUUCAAGUUAGGAAUGUAACAAAAAUUUAUGAUAAAUCAUCGAUUGCCGUAAAUGAUUUAUCAUUGGAUAUAUAUGAAUCACAGAUUACAGCAUUAUUGGGUCAAAAUGGAGCUGGAAAAACUACAUUGAUAAAUAUGAUUGUUGGUUCAAUGCAGCCAUCAUUUGGCCAUAUAAGUAUCUGUAAUCUUAAUGUAAACAAUGUUUUCAAUCUUGCUGAUCUUCGAACAAGAUUUGGAAUCUGCUUUCAAGAGGAUAUCAUAUUCGAUGAAUUGACACCAUUGGAACAUUUACGAUUCUUUGGACGAAUCAAAGGAGCUAGCGGUAAUCGAUUAGAACAGGAAAUUCGAUUCUUACUAUCACAGACUGAUUUAAUGCCCAAAAUGUAUCAUACUGCAGGUGUAUUAAGCGGUGGCCAGAAACGAAAACUAUGUACGGCUAUUGCAUUGGUGGGAGGUUCACAAAUAAUUGUUCUGGAUGAACCAACCAGUGGUGUUGAUCCAUAUUCACGAGAAAAAAUGUGGGCAUUAUUGCGUUCAUAUAAAAAGAAUCGUGUCAUCAUGCUUAGUACGCAUACAAUGUAUGAAGCUGAUGUAUUGGCCGAUAGAAAAGCUAUCGUAGUGAAAGGUUCGAUUCGAUGUUGUGGUUCAUCAAUGUUUCUUAAGAAUAAAUUCGGUGUUGGUUAUCAUCUUCGUUUGGAAAUUGAACCAAAACAAACGGAUAUUUCGGAAGUUGAAGCAAUGAUAAGUGAAAAAAUAUACAACUCAAAAUUCGAUCGUCAAACACAAAGUGAAUUAUUGUUUACAUUACCAAAAAGUGAAACACAAAAUUUUCCCAAUUUAUUCGAAUCAAUUGACAAAAUGAUCGAUGAUAAUAAAGGUAUUCUUGGUUAUGGCAUUAAAUUAACAACAUUGGAAGAUGUUUUUCUGAAAAUCUGCUAUGAAAAUGAUGAAAUACUAAUGGAACAGAUGAAUGCCAAUAAAUCGAAAAAUCAAAAUUUGUUUGAUUUUGAAGAAAUUCAUCAAUUAAAAUUUAAACAAAAUGGUUUCCGAAUAAUGUGGGAAUUUUUCCAUAUCAAAUUGAAAACAAUAACAAGAAAUUGGCAAUUUUUAAUGUCGGUUACAAUUCAAGCAAUGGUAAUCGUAUGUUUUAUGGUGUUUACUUCAAGUCGAUUAAUGCAACAAAUGCCAACACGUACUGUACUUGAUUCCAGUAUUUAUCCCGAUCGAUCAGUAUUGUAUUCAGGUCCUAACAUUGAAAAAGAGCUGAAAAUUCUAUCCAAUUGGUUUCGACCUGUCAUACCUGUUGAUAGUAUGUUAUUGACCACAAUGUUGGGAAAACAUUAUGCCAUCACAUUGAAUGAUACAACUAUUGAUGAUUUAAAUUUUAUUUUAUUAUUCAACAAAUCCUAUCAAUAUUCAUUGCCCAUUAUACAGAAUGCUUUGACCAACAUGUUGAUACAUGGUGAUCAUUUAAAUUAUGAAGCACCGGAAAAAUUUUUCCAAAUUCGAACGGCAAGUUAUCCAUUGCCAGAUAGAAGUAAUACGCUUGAAGAUGGAUUAGAUAUGUUAUUCAUUGUUAUGUUUGGUAUGUCUCUUACUACUUUUCCGGUUAAUUUAGCUGCCGAAACGAUCAAAGAAAGAGAUGAUAAUAUAAAAAGUUUUUUGGCUAUAAACGGAAUGAAAAUCAUACAAUAUUGGCUAGUCACUGCAUUAGUUGAUUCAUUAACAUUUGGAAUGUUUGUGUUCGUCAUAAUGGCAGCUACAUAUUUUUAUGUACCAUUAUCAUUUUUUGUCAAUCCAUAUGCAUUUAUAUGUGGAAUCAUAUUGAUGUUACUAUACAUACCAUGUUCAAUAAUGACCUGUUAUGUUUUUUCACAUUUAUUCAACAAACGUGAAGUUGCACAAGCAUUAAUGUCAAAUAUAUCGUCAUUGAUUGCCGGUUUUAUGUACAUAAUGUCAUAUGUUAUUCGUACAUUGUUCAAAUCAAACAUUUCUUUUCGAAUCAAUUAUUUUAUUUGGCCAUUUUAUAUACCGUUUGGUGCAUUUCAAAGUUUAUCAUAUGUAUCGAAGGAACAAAAAACACAAGAUUAUCCAAGUUUAAAACCAUAUUUAAUGUGGAAUAAUAAUAUUCUUCCAGCAUAUGUUGCUAUGAUUAUCCAUUUUUUAAUCGGAAUUGCAUUGUUACCAUAUUUAGAUCGAAUGAAACGUGAACGAAGAACAUGGCGAUCGAUAUUGCUUUGUCGGAAAAGAAAAGAUCCAAGAGAUGAAGCAUCUGUUGCAACCAAUCCUGAUGAUGAAAGACAAAUGGAUGAAGAUGUUUAUGAUGAAAAAUCACGAGCCAAGCAGAUAAUUGCAUCGAAAUUUGAAGAAGAAAAACCCCUAUUAUUAAUUCGUAAUUUAACCAAAGACUUUAAAGUACAAACAGCAGUGAAACGUUUGAAUCUAAUAAUUGAAUCGGGACAAAUUUUUGGAUUACUUGGACCAAAUGGUGCCGGUAAAACUACUGUCAUGAAAAUUAUCGUUAGAGAUGAAUUGGAAACAUCGGGAAAGCUUUAUCUUGAAGGUGUACCAUUCAAAGAUCGUUUGUCAUCCAAUUUGAUGGCUUAUUGUCCACAGAUUAAUCCAUUUUGGCCAGAAAUUACUUUAAUGGAACAUUUACGUUUGUAUGCGGCUACACGUGGAAUACCAGGCAAUAGAAUCGAUGAUAUAUGCAAUAAAUUAAUCAGAGCAUUUGGAAUUAAAGAAUAUCAGAAUCGAAAAUUUAAAAAACUAUCUGGUGGAAAUAAACGAAAACUAUGUUUAUUGAUAUCGAUUUUAGCUAAUGUUAAAUUAACUAUGUUGGAUGAACCAUCCACCGGAAUGGAUCCAAGUUCAAAAAGAUUAAUGUGGAAUUUAAUAAUCAAAAAAUUCGAUCCAAAUGGUCCGAAUAGUGCAAUGUUGACCAGCCAUUCAAUGGAAGAAAUUGAAGCACUAUGCACUCGUUUGGCUAUCAUGGCAAAAGGAAGUCUUAAAUGUUUAGGAAAUAUUCAACAUUUGAAUAACAAAUAUGGUAAAGGAUAUUUUCUGGAAAUUAAAUGGAAAAAAGGAUUCGAUUUUGGCCGUAUACAAUCGGAAAUUAUUUCUAUAUUUCCAGAUAUGCGAAUAAAUGAACAGAAUCCUGAACUAAUUAAAUUGAUUAUACCACAAAAAAAUGUUAAAUCAUUGGCCGAUUUUUUCAGUACAAUGGAAAAAUUAGUAAAAGAUAAUCCUGAAAUUGAAGAAUAUAAUCUAAAUCAAUCAUCGAUUGAACAGUUAUUUAUUGAAUUUGCUAAAAUUCAUGAAUAUAUUAAUUUGUGA